GGAGAGAGCCGAGCCAUUAGCGAUUAAGGGCGAACAAGCUAGGGGACUCGGGCUGGGAGGGAAAAGAGGGGAGGGUUGGAUCGCGGGCUGGAGGGGUACUGGAGAAAGAAGAAGGCACGCAGCCCCACUCGUCUCUCCGCAGGCUGCGAAAAGAAAGGAAGGAGUGUGGGCUCCCGGCGCUUCUCCCGAGGAAGCCCGUUUCCCUCUUAGUCCCGGCCCGGAUUGAUCGUGUUGGCUGUUGACGACCGCUGGGCGUUCCCCGAAGUCCGGGUGCCCGUGCAGUCUGGAUUCCCGGAGCUGGUCACCAUGCCGGGCAGAUUUUAGCUCCCCCAUGGAGCAAACCAACUUCUACGAGGUCGAGUCCCGGCCCCCGAUGAGCAGCCACCUCCAGAGUCCCCACCACCAGCCUAGCAGCGCCGCCUUUGGCUAUCCCCGGGACUCGGUCCCUCCUCAGCCCCCUGCAACACCUGCAGCCGCCGCCGCCUCGGAACAGCUGGGCGACAUCUGUGAGAACGAAAACUCCAUCGACAUCAGCGCCUACAUAGAUCCCGCCGCUUUCAACGACGAGUUCCUAGCUGAUCUGUUCCAGCACAGCAAGCAACAGGAGAAAGCCAAAGCUGCCCUGGCGGGGGGCGAGUUCGACUAUCCUCUGCAGCCGCAUCCUGCCGGCCACGCCAUGCACGGAGCCCACGGGCCUGGGAGCCACCCCCACGUCUAUGGCUGCAUGGCCGCUAGCUACCUGGACGGCAAAUUAGACCCCCUGUACGAGCGCAUUGGGGCCCCGGCCUUGCGACCAGUGGUGAUCAAGCAGGAGCCCCGGGAGGAGGACGAGAAUAAGCAUUUGGCGCUGUCCGGCCUCUACUCCUACCAGGCGCAGCAGCAGCAACAACAACAGCAACCGCCACCUCCUCCUCCACCCCACCACCACCACCAUCACCACCACCACCCGGCGUCCCACCUCCAGUACCAGAUCGCCCACUGCGGCCAGACCACCAUGCACCUGCAACCGGGGCACCCCACGCCGCCGCCCACGCCCGUGCCCAGUCCUCACCACCAGCCACCGCAACCACCGCACCACCCACACCAGCAGAACAGUCUACCCCCGGGAGGGGGACUCAAGAUGAUGUCCACGGACCACCGGGGUAAAUCCAAGAAGUCAGUGGACAAGAGCAGCAGCGAAUACCGAGUGCGUCGGGAACGCAAUAACAUCGCUGUGCGCAAGAGCCGGGACAAGGCCAAGCAGCGCAACGUGGAGACCCAGCAGAAGGUGCUGGAGCUCACCAAUGACAAUGACCGGCUGCGCAAGCGGGUGGAGCAGCUGACUCGGGAGCUGGACACGCUGCGAGGUAUCUUCCGCCAGCUCCCAGAAAGUUCCUUGGUUAAAGCCAUGGGCAACUGCGCGUGAAUAAGCGCUUCCCUCCCGCCAGCCGUUCUCCAGCCUAGACUCCCGGUGGCCCUCGGGCCCUUCGUGGAUUCUGUCUCUCAGUUCCUCCGUCCGUCCCUCCGCGCCCACCCAGACGCUGGACUGAAGGACGUUACUUUGGAGGCUGGUGGGUUUUGUGUUUUGUUUUUGUUUUUUAAAUUUCAGAACUGACUGAUCUCGAGACUGUCCAAGACAGAACGAGGAAAUUCCGGUGCCAUAAACCCUGGCUGGCUUUGAUUCUUUGUACCCCCUUUUCGACACCCCUCCCCCAAACUGGUCAAAACCUCUUCGAUUUUGAGAUUAGGUUGUCUUCGAGUCUCUGUCUAGUUGGAAUUGGGGGUUGGGGUGGGGGAAGAGAACAAGGAAUGAGGGUGGGGGGACGAGAAGGAAGGGAGAUCGAAGCCCGGAAGCCAGGGAGCUCUAGUAUUAAGUAAUAAUCCUGUGCCUUAGGAGUGGAGACGCGUCUAAAUUGAAACUCUAGGAUUCCAAGUGUUUGCGGAGUGGAAGGAGCAAACCAUGUGCCUUUGCCAUUUGAUCUAGGGGUUCCCCUGUUCCUACACCCCCAACUACCGAACCCUUUCUCUAUCUCCCCACCUCUUUCUGCUUAGGAGAGAUGCGGGAGCCUGAGGAAAGGUCGUAGAAAAUGAAGUUCCAGCCAUCCUGCGACUGGGAUGUUGAAGGACAAGUGGUGGGCCUUUCCUCAGAGAAAGGGUGUAUGUGUAAAAGAAACUGGGGUGAGAGUAGAGAGAAGAGAGAGUGGGAGACGGCUUCCCUAGAUGCUGGACAGGAGGAAACUUGGUGAUAUUCCUAUGCGAAUAUUACAAAGUCCUUAAGAAGAGAGAAAAAAAAAAAAAAA